AUGGAGACAGAGAUAGAACGGGAGAAGAUGGAGAGGGGCAAGUCUGACCUGAGGGUGGCCAUGGAGGAGCUCUGCUUGCUCAGCCCAGGAGAUGGAGAAGAACAGGAGCAGCAGCAGCAAAUUAGGUCAUCCACCAUGGAUCUCCUCUGUGUCUCCAAGCAGCUCCUGCAUGUCCUUGAUGAGAUUGGGCCAACGUUACUAGUCCUCAGGCAAGACAUCCAGCAAAAUGUUCAGAGACUACAAGAUCUCCAUGCAAGAGACUCUUCGAAAUAUUCGACUUUGACGGCGAUUCUGAUAGAGGAAGUGGAGGAAGGGACCUCAAAGAAGACCAACAGUUGCACCAGGGCUAUUAUCUGGCUGGCUAGGUCAAUGAAUUUCUCAGUACAUUUGCUGGAGAGAUUAAUGAAGAACCCAGAGUCAAGCCUGAAAGAGAUGGUGGAAGAAGCAUACAAGAGCACCCUGAAGCCAUUCCACGGAUGGAUCUCAUCAGCUGCUUACAGGGUAGCAUUGGGUCUCAUUCCAGAAAGAGAGAUCUUUAUUCAGCUGCUGAUGGGGAACUGCCAGGAUCAUGAGGAUUUUGGAGGAGAUGUCAUGAUCUUGGUCUCCAUUGUACAGCCUCUGCUAGAAGAGAUCAAUGCCAUUUUGAAGAGAAUGGAAAAGGUGACAACACCAUUCAUGCCUUCACAACAGCAACCACCAAGAAUCUUCUUCUCUUCUCUAACAGUUCUGAUGUAUUUUGUUGUUUUCUUCUAG